AUGCUGACAGAUGAGUUUAGUUUCCCAAAAAUCACCUCCAACACCAUUCCUGAUCAUCACUUCACAAUUUCAGCAUCUCCAUGGCGAGAUUCCUCUCUAGUUUAUCCAGAUUACAAUCUUGAUGAAGGUAAUUAUGGUAGAGGGGAAUCUUUUUCUAGAAAAAGCUUUUCCUACUUAGAAAGCAAGAUGAAGAGAGAGAUAUUGGAUGCUGCAGCAAGCCCAGAGACGUCAGAAGAGAAAAUGGACAUGUUGUGGGAGGACUUCAACGAAGAACUACAAAGGGUAUCUAAAUCUUCCAUGGACAAGAAGAAGGAAGCUGAGAGAUUGUCAACAAGUGGUGCAACCGAAGAGAUGCAAGAGUUUUGCGGUUUGCAGGCCUUGAAGAUUCCCAAAACAAGCCGCAAGAGACCCAACAUGAUGGUGGUAAUGAAGAUCUUGAAGAAGCUCCUCUUGCUCCGCAUGCGCAACUCGCCUCAGAUCAAGCAGGACUACUAG